GAAGUCGACGAGCAACGGAAAGAAACAGGAAGAAGACGAAGAAGACGGAAUCGGCACCACAAUGGCUUCGGUUAGGAGACUAAGCAAGGAACUUGAUGACAUCCGCAAGUCUGGGAUGAAGAAUUUCUGCAACAUUCAAGUGGAUGAAUCGAAUAUUUUGAGCUGGCAGGGGCUCAUUGUUCCUGAUUGUCCUCCAUAUGACAAAGGAGCCUUCCGGAUUGAGCUCAUCUUCCCUGCGGAGUAUCCCUUCAAGCCACCCAAGAUCACUUUCAAGACAAAAAUCUACCAUCCCAACGUCGACGAGAAGGGCCAGGUCUGCCUGCCGAUCAUCAGUGUGGAGAACUGGAAGCCAGCCACGAGAACUGACCAAGUGAUCGAUAGCCUCAUUAAUCUGGUGAGCUCCCCUCAGCCGGAGCAUCCCCUGAGGGCCGACCUGGCGGAGGAAUACAGUAAAGACCGUGCAAAAUUCAUGAAGAAUGCCGAGGAGUUCACAAAGAAACACAGUGAAAAGCGACCCGUUGACUGACGACACAACACUGGCGCUCGCGGCUGUCGGCCUCCUUUCUGUUUCCUGUCUAAAGAGGCCACCCUGACUCUCUGUUCUUAUCCCCAAACGACACAGAGAUGCCCUGUUCUCGCGUUCGUGCAUUGUUUUAGCACUCUCCAACCACUCCUUAAUAGAGGUUUGUGUUUCUGUUUUCACUUUUGCCAAAAAAAGGAAAAAAAAAAAAGCAGGACUUUUUGGUGAAUAGGCAGGCUCUGGCCUCUAGGUGUCAGCUUUUGGUUGUUUUGACUUUCUACUGAUUUCUUUUUAGAAAAAAUAAGAAAAUUAUCAGAGGUUGGCAUCCUGGAAAGUAAAAUAUAAAAAAUAAAAAAAAAAUGCUGCUCUGCUUACUUAAAUGUCAAAUGUUUUCUCAGAUUAAUCUAGCUUUUGCAAACCUGUUUACAGCUGUUUGAAGCUUUGUUUUCAAGAGUUAACAAAAAUGCACAGCACAUAAUGCUGUUGAUUCUGUCGUUCCCUUUACUUUCCUUUGGCUUUCAGAUACACUGUACUUUGUGAACUCACCUGUUGCAGUACAUUGAAAUUAAAGUUUGUUACUGAUGCAGAAUUCCACAUUUAAACACAGAAAUGUAUGAAAAUGCAACAACAUUCACGUGUCCUUUGAAAUGUUUUUGUAUUUUGAGGUGUUGGGGAAAAGUCUCAUCUGAUUAAAAUCCGUCCACGAC